UAAUUAGCAGGUUGUUCAAAACAACACUAAAUAACCAAACCAUUAAAAAAAUCCGAACUGAUCCAUUUGAACCCAAAAAUUUAAAACUGGAUACCCACGACACAAACUGGUCUUCCUCCAUCGUCGCCUCCGUCGUUCUUUCCUUCCAUCACCACCUCCUCCGUCGUGCUUUCCUUCCAUCACCGCCUCCUCCGUCGUGCUUUCCUUCCAUCGCCGCCUCCUCCGUCGUGCUUUCCUUCCAUCACCGCCUCCUCCGUCGUCAUUUCCUUCCAUCACCGCCUCCUCCGUCGCCGCCUCCGUUUUUUCUCGUUUGACACCAAUAUUCACAUUCUGGGUUGUUUCACUUUUUCAUCAAAACCCUAUUUUUCAUUUAAAAAUUCCACCUUUUUAAGCUAACAAUGAAUGAUGAUGAUGCCCUCAAGUUACUAUGUGAUGUUUCCAACUCCAACAGUUUAGAAAACUCCUUGCAGAUUCUCAUUCACAUUUCCAAAUCCGAUUCUGGACGUUCCAACCUCGCUUCCAAAACAAUUCUCCCUGCAGUUCUCACUAUACUUCACUCGCAAACCCCUCUUUUAGAUCACCACAAUCUAUCUUUGUGUUUCAAGCUUCUCCGGAACUUGUGUGCUGGUGAACUUGUAAACCAGAAUCUGUUUCUUGAGUUUGAUGGGGUUGAUGCUGUUGUUUCGAGGAUUUUGAGGUUGGAGGUUGGUUUUGAUCACAUGUUGGUUCGGUGGGGUCUGCAGGUUUUGGCAAAUGUUUGUUUGGCUGGGAAACAGCAUCAGAGGGCUAUUUGGGAAGUGCUGUUUCCAUUUGGUUUUCUGUCUUUUGCAAGACUUGGAACCAAGGAGGUUUGUGAUCCAUUGUGUAUGGUGAUUUAUGCAUGUUGUGAUGGAAAUCCUGAAUGGUUUGUAGAGCUUUAUAGUGACUGUGGUUGGCCUGUGGUGGCAGAACUAGUUAGAACUGCUUCUUCUGCUAGUUUUGGCGAGGAUUGGAUAAAGUUGCUUCUCUCAAGAAUUUGCCUUGAAGAAUCUCAAUUGCCUUUAUUGUUUUCUAAAUUACGAUUUAAGGAUAUUCACCAGAGUGGAGAUAAUGAGUCAAAAGAUGACCAGUUUUCAUCUGAACAAGCGUUUCUUCUGCAAACCCUAUCAGAAAUUUUGAAUGAGCGAAUUGGAGAUGUUACUGUUUCGAAGGACAUUGCAUUGUUUGUUUAUGACAUAUUCAAGAAAUCUAUUGGAGUUCUUGAGCAUGCGGUGAAAGGCAAGUCUGGUCUUUCAAGUGGCAUUCCUGCAGUGGAUGUUCUUGGCUACUCGCUUAUUAUAUUGAGGGACAUCUGUGCUCAUGAUAGUGUGAGAGGUUAUGCAAUGGAUGCAAACGAUGUUGUCGAUGUGUUAUUGUCCUACGGUCUCAUUGAGUUGCUUUUGAUUGUGCUUGGGGACCUUGAACCUCCGGCAAUAAUCAGAAAAGGAACCAAACAAUCUGAGAAUCAAGACGGUGCUAGUUGUUCCUUGAAACCAUGCCCUUACAAGGGCUUUAGGAGAGACAUAGUUGCACUUAUUGGAAACUGCGUACACAAAAGAAAGCAUGCACAAGAUAAACUGAGAAAUAGGAAUGGAGUUCUACUGCUAUUGCAGCAAUGUGUUACUGAUGAAGAUAAUCCUUUCCUGAGAGAAUGGGGCAUAUGGUCUGUUAGGAAUAUGUUGGAGGGCAAUGAGGAGAAUCAAAAGGUAGUUUCUGAAUUGCAGCUGCAAGGAUCUACUGAUACGCCUGAAAUUUCUGCACUCGGUCUUCGAGUCGAGGUUGAUGAAAAAACUAGACGCGCAAAACUUGUAAAUGUCCCAUGAAAGGAUACUACUAUAAUUUGGUUUUAUAUGUAUAUGUUACUUACAUUUUUACUUCUUUAGUCUUUACUUGAUUGAAUUUCAAGUUAGGACUUUUUUUCCUUUUCAAAUUAAAACUGAUUUUUUGUCAAUGGAAGCUCAGAACAAGUCAAUUAGAAUACUAAUUUUUAGAUUU